ACAGGCGGAGGUAACAUCGUUAAUCUCCCCGCAUCCUGUACAGAAUAGGUCACUCAUGAAGCUGACUUACUCUGAAAUCCUGGAGGCAACUGAGAGUUUUCGCGCCGAUUACUUGUUGGGUUCUGGUGGUUCUGGCCAUGUCUACAAAGGAUUUAUUCGUGGACAGGUAUGUGCGUUCAAGGUUCUGAAGCCCUCCUCAGAAGAUAAGUCACGCGAGAAGGAGUUUCAUGCUGAGCUUAGUAUUUUGGGAAGGAUGAGCCAUCCCAAUCUGAUUCGACUUGUGGGAUACUGUCAAGAUAGAAGCCAUCGCGCUUUGGUAUACGAGUACCUACGGAAUGGGAGUUUGGAUGAUCAACUCCAUGGACUUAACCGCGUUCAUUUGUCAUGGCAUCAACGGCUGACCAUUCUGUUGGGGGCAACGAGAGCGAUUGAUUACCUUCAUAUGGGAGGUGGAGGUAAAUUCUCCCCUGUGAUUCACCGAGACCUGAAAACCAGCAACAUUUUAAUCGACGAUCAGCUCCGAGCAAAGGUGUCAGACCUGGGAUUUGCCAAGCUCAUACCGAGGGAUAAGAGCCUUGCAACGACAACAGGCGUGCUAGGAACGAUUGGAUACCUCGCUCCGGAGUAUUUCCAUACGGGUCAGCUGUCCAGGAAGAGUGAUAUGUACUGUUUGGGAGUGGUCAUCCUGGAGGCCAUGACGGGGAGGAGGCCUGUGGAAGUUAUUCAGAUGCCAAGGAGCCAGAUGCAUCUGGUCUAUUGGGCGCGCCUGCAGCUCAGAGAUAGAAAGAAAGUGGUCGCUUUGUUGGAUGCGAUGUUCGCAGAUGGAGCGUACUGCGAAAAGUCCGUCUGCAAGGUCGCCGCGGUGACUGCGAAAUGCCUGGCGGAGGAGCCUGACCUGAGGCCGACGGCGGCAGAGGUACUGGCGGAACUGGAAGCUGCGCACCAGUUGUCGAGCCAAUUUCAGUCAAAGCUAGUCUGGGGAGGUAAAAAGUAAUUUUUUGUUCUAGCAGCAAAAAAGGUAAUGGGCCUCGCUCCACUACUCUUCAAAAAUUAUGUCUGGAAUGGACAGUAGAUAGUAGACCAGAUGCAUUUUGACUGAUGGAACAUUUUGAAUGUAUCGGAAGACCUCUAACAGGUCCAGAUACAUUUAGUAUGAUGUGUAGUCGAGCAAGGUGCAGUGAGGUUAAUGUGAUUAUUAUUAGACGGAGAGGAGACGAGAAAAGGAGAAGAGAGGGAGAAGAAAAAAAAGGGUGAGGAGGAGGAGGAGAGAAAAAAAAAAAAGAAUACACACAGGUGCACAUGAGUGGAACUCUUGUCUUAUGCAUUUUGUGGGGACCACCUUCACAAAGAUGGUCUUAUGGAUCUAAGAGAAUCGUAAGGUGGGGUGAGACUAAGCGCACUAACGUAGGUCAUUAAGGUGGCGGUGGGGACCACCUUCACAAAAAAUGGAUCAGCACAUGUCAACCACUUAUUGGCUGUAACUUAUGCAGUGGCGGUGGGGACCACCUUUGCGAUCAUCAAGGUGAAAAGUGCUGCUCUGUGUAGUAAUGAAUGAAAGGACGGAAGGAAAAGACGGAAAAAAAGGAGGACGGAAUGAAAAGAGGACGAGGACGGAACGAAAAGAGGACGAGGGAGGACGAGGACGGAAUGAAAAGAGGACGAGGGAGGACGGAACGAAAAGAGGACGAGGGAGGACGGAACGAAAAGAGGAUAUAAGGCAAGUAAGGGCUGUGGCCUUGAUUCUUUUCACAAAGGCAUGGCCUGUAAUUUAAGCACUAAGCUCUGUGUAAAGAAUAUGGGCCUGGCUCCACUAGUCUCGAAAUGUGCAAAACGAGAGUGAAUCUUCUGCUAGAACAUGGAAAGAUACACCGCUGUGAUUUUUGUCAUUUGUGCGUGUCGAGAGUAGUAGUGGAGCGCGAGGCCCGAUAGCUGUGUUGUUUUCCAUGUCUUUCCGGUGAAGGACUGAAGCAAUGGAUUGAAAGAAAGGAGGGAUGGAAAGACAGGAGUAUAUAAGGGAGGGAGGGAGGGAGGGAGGGAGGGAGGGAGGGAGGGAGAGAGAGAGGGAGGGAGGGUUGUAGCCUCAAUUCCUUCACGAAAGCAUGACCUGUAUGUUAGGCAGUGAGCUCUCUGUAAAGAGUAGUUGGUUGCUUCCGAUGUAUUCAUGGUCCGUUACCCGACCAGAUACAUCGACAAGGCAUUCACAUUGGCUGGCGUAGAAUGUUAAGUUAAAUUGGAUUCGAAUUUGAAAUUUAAAAUCA